AUGUCUGCCUUAAAUUCUCUGUGUGUUACCCGUCGUGGACGAUCCAACUUGCUUAAGCCCGUGCGAUCCACGCAAAUACCUUUGGAUGAUAACAUGAAUAUGUCAUAUGAAAUCGAGGGCCAAGCACCCAUCUCAUCGUACAAUCCUUGUACUCCGACUACACCAGCUGCUUCAGUCUAUGACUGUCUUGCCCUGGAGACGGGUGCUACUUUCCAUACAUUCACACAGGAACUACAUAAGACCUUUGAGGAAUGGCGAAGUGAUAUGAACAAUACACUAACUGUAUUCAAGGAGAAUAUCAAGAGCUCAUUACAUGACUGGCGAGAUGAGAUGGAGGCGAGUAUAACUAAACUUAAUGAUGAUUUAAAAUUUGCUUUGAAUGGAUUCAGGGAGGAGAUAUGCACCCUUCGUGCUGAACAUGAGCGUCUAAAGCAUCAAACUGCUGAUAUAUCCCGUGAUGUCUCAGAAUUAAAAGCAUCCAUGCAGUUCCUUUCCGGGGAACAAGACGAUUUCAAAAAAAAAAAGUGGACGGCACAAUACGUCAAUCUACCGAACAAUCCAGCCUAA